UCUUUUCUCCGUCCCACGAUCCAAGAUUGGAUCUCCAGCGAGGUUGCUUUGCGGCAUUUUCCAAUGUUUCCUGGGUUUUACGAGAGCGGCGAUCUGGGGGAAUCCGGGUUCCUGCUGGUUUUAGCAGUGGUCGAAGAUUGCGCCGCCCUUUUGGCUUUCGAUCUUGAUGUUCCUGGGGGGUUUAGACUGUUUAAGUGCCGCGACUGCCGGAUUGCUUGAUCGAUCCGGAAAUCCUCCUCGAUUUGAUUAUUGCGUUAUGUGACUAGCAGCAUUUCAAAAGAUUAGACGGUCCCACAAAAGAUUACUGUUUUUUACACUGCUCUGAUCUAGAACUCUGUGCCCUUGUUCCUGCGUGGCGGAUUGCCCGUGUGGAAGGAAUCUUUCUGCCUGUCUGAUGCCUUUUUUUGUGUAGACAGUAGUGGCAUUGCACUGUUCAUGACACAGCAUUUUUAAUUGCCUUCGAUACGAACGAAGUUUGCGUCUUCCGUCUUAUUCUCCAUCCAUUCAAGCUGCCAUCUUGCUUGUACUGUGAUGAUCUACUGACCCAUGGAGAUGCCAAUUGUCAUGCACCAGGAGGAAAUGAUGGAUCUCGCAGACAACCGGCAGAGGCUCAUCGCCGGCGCGGCGCUGCUGGUGGCCACCAUCGCCUUCAUCAAGCUCCUACUGCGGUCUGGCUCCCGCGGCAAGCGGCUGCCGCCGACCAUCCCCGCGGCGCCCGUGGUGGGCGGGCUGGUCCGGUUCAUGCGCGGCCCCAUUCCGAUGAUCCGGAAGGAAUACGCGCGCCUCGGCAGCGUGUUCACUGUCCCCAUCCUCAGCCGCAAGAUCACCUUCUUGAUUGGGCCCGAGGUGUCGGCGCACUUCUUCAAGGGCAAUGAGGCCGAGAUGAGCCAGCAGGAGGUGUACAAGUUCAAUGUGCCCACGUUCGGCCCCGGGGUCGUGUUCGAUGUUGACUACUCCGUGAGGCAGGAGCAGUUCCGGUUCUUCACCGAGGCGCUCCGUGCUAACAAGCUCCGCAGCUAUGUUGACCAGAUGGUUGCUGAGGCUGAGGAGUACUUCUCGAAAUGGGGAGAAAGUGGCACUGUGGAUUUGAAGUAUGAGCUAGAGCACCUCAUCAUACUUACAGCUAGCCGAUGCUUGCUGGGAAGGGAGGUGCGAGAAAAGCUCUUUGACGAUGUUUCCGCACUCUUCCAUGACCUUGACAAUGGGAUGCAGCCAGUCAGUGUCAUCUUCCCAUACCUCCCAAUCCCUGCACAUCGGCGCCGUAAUCAGGCACGUGCACGUUUGGCAGAAAUCUUCUCCACCAUCAUCAAAUCCCGCAAGGCCUCUGGACAAUCCGAGGAAGACAUGCUGCAAUGCUUCAUUGAUUCCAAGUACAAGAAUGGACGCCCCACCACAGAGGGUGAGGUAACUGGGCUGCUUAUUGCGGCACUCUUUGCUGGACAGCACACUAGCUCUAUCACCUCGACCUGGACUGGAGCCUACCUCCUUCGGUUCAAGCAGUACUUUGCGGAGGCUGUGGAGGAGCAGAAGCAGGUCAUGAAGCGGCAUGGAGACAAUAUUGACCAUGACAUCUUGGCAGAGAUGGAUGUCCUCUACCGGUGCAUCAAGGAGGCUCUCCGGCUUCAUCCGCCGCUAAUCAUGUUACUUCGCCAAUCGCACAAUGACUUCACCGUGACAACGAAAGAAGGCAAAGAGUAUGACAUUCCCAAGGGCCACAUUGUUGCAACAUCCCCAUCCUUUGCCAACAGGCUGCCCCACAUCUUCAAGAACCCCGACUCGUACGACCCUGACCGCUUUGGACCUGGAAGGGAGGAGGACAAGGCUGCAGGUGCCUUCUCGUACAUCUCCUUCGGCGGUGGCAGACAUGGGUGCCUUGGUGAGCCCUUUGCCUACCUCCAGAUUAAGGCGAUCUGGACGCACCUGCUGAGGAACUUUGAGUUCGAGCUGGUCUCGCCGUUCCCAGAGAACAACUGGAACGCGAUGGUCGUCGGCAUCAAGGGCGAAGUGAUGGUGAACUACAAGCGGCGGAAGCUCGUUGUUGACAACUAAGAUCAUGGCCGUCUCUUAGGAAUGUGCUUCUUGUCAGUUGCAUUUUUUUCACCUGUUUGUCAGCAUUUGUUCGGUGUAAGUUCGGCUGUGUGCACGCCAGCUUUGUAGGGGUGUUUCCAUUGUUUAGGAUUCUGUAAUUUGCUUCCCUGUGGUUCAGUCAUGAUCUACAUCCUGCGCCUGUGAGCCGCCUGAGAACAGAGUUCCCCUGUGUUAACUUGUAGCAUCUGAAGAUGGCUUUCAACAUAGAACUGAACAAAUAGCCAUGUGUAAGGAAUAAACUCAAAUGCUCAGCGUGAAUCUAUGAUACUGUUGUUCAGGC